AUGACCAUAGUCACCAUAUCAGUUUCGUCUCUAGACACACACUCGGAGCGUAACUAUGAUUUAUCUCUGACAAUCGCUACCCUCAAGCAAAAACUUGAAUUUGUCACAGGCAUCCCAGCAGCAUCGCAACGACUGCAACUUUACGACUCGGCAGAUGAAUCCUCAACGUUUCGUGAGUUGGAAUCAGACGAGUUACCUUUGGGUUUUUAUGGUGAUCUUCUUGAGGCCAUGCUUCCUAUAUAUGAUGAGAUUGACGACAUGGAUCCGACGGCAAACCUGUCGGGUAUAUUUUCUGACGUCAGUCAAGUCGAGAAAUUCGAGUUAAGUAAGGAAGAUUACGAAUCUAGACAGAACACCAUCAAGGCAUUCAAAGAGCGUAACAAACUGGGACGGUUUAGUGAUAGCCGGACCCACAUCCUGCAGCCCACCUCCAUAGAACGUGUCUCGGUUGGUGACCGAGUCCGAGUUGGGUCUGAAGCUGGUUUAGACAGGAGGGGAACUGUACGCUUCGUUGGGACAACUAAAUUUGGCAAACCAGAGGGUUCCCUCUGGAUUGGUGUCGAGUAUGACGAACCUGUUGGGAAAAAUGAUGGGUCUGUUAAUGGGAACCGUUACUUCGACUGCUCAAUGAAUUAUGGAGGAUUAAUACGCCCGGACAGGGUUCAGCCAGCAACUUCCCCAUUGAUAUAUCAACAUCCUGACCGCUCCUCAAGUGUUCCGGAUGCCAUGAAGUCCACAAGCCUCGUCUCUGACAAAGCGAGCCCCUCAGACAGAUACGCCCUCCCAAACGGACAAACGAUAUAUAUCAAUGAUCAUGUCUAUUCUGCAGCACCAUGGGGCGUUCGAGACAGCAGUCUUCCCUAUUCCAUCGGACGAGUGAUGGAAUUUCUUCCUGGUGAAGGUCAAAGAAGUAAUGGUGGGACUGAGAUAGCUCGAGCCCGGAUUGCGUGGUUCUAUCGUCCAAGCGACCUUUCCGAUCGUCCAAGCUUGGAUUCAAGACUCCUCUUGGCUGCCAUCUACUCCGAAGUUCAGCCAAUCUCAUUUAUCAGGGGAAAGUGCUACGUUCGUCACAGAGAUAUGAUACCUGAUUUGAACGCGUGGCGGAAGACUCCGGAUUCCUUCUAUUUCUUUCGAUUUUUCGACCCUUAUAUCAAGAAGGAAUACGAAGUUUUAAGGUCUCAGGAUGUUAACAACCUGCCUCAACGUAUCAAACUCGCGCUGACACAACGAUAUCAGUUCGUUGUCGCAGAGAAAGAAGUUGUUCCAGACUUGCUUGAUACCUUGCGUAGCUGUGACACCUGUGUAGAAUGGUGCUCUCCCGCGGACACCGUUCGAUGUGAUCGUUGCAAGAAGUUCUUUCACAUGCAGUGUGUGCACCCGCCGCUCGCAGCCAAACCGGCUAAGGGAUAUGGGUGGACGUGUGCACCCUGUUCGAAAAAGCAUGACGAACUAGUAGAUUUUCAGGGUGUACGUUCUGAGAGCCCCCCUCGUAUCUCGAGAAUCCGAGCGAAAGCACCACAAGAGGCAGAUCCCCUUACCUCUGCUCUCCAGCCCACUGUUUCCGAUGACACGCGUUAUUUCAAGAUGUGGCCAUUCAGAUACUUUGGGCUGUAUACAAACGCCGAGGACACCUUAGAUCCUGAUGACUCCAUAUUUCCUCGUACUGCCACAAGGAUAGGACCAAAAUACCAAGCGGUUUGUCCACCAUACGAUCAGCCCGACACGAAAGGCAAAUCAACCGUCGUUCUGCCGACCCCAGAGUUUGUUGACGAGCCUCGGCGGGGUAGCGAUGAGACCGUUGAGGUGAUUUCUUCUGUUUGCACCCUUUCACCAGACCUCGGUGAUGCUGUCGAAUUCCACAAGAACAGGUUAUGGCACAAACCUGAACAAAAAUACCUUGUCGAUUUCAUUGAUGAAUGCCUCCGGAGAUAUUCUGCAGCAAAGACGUUGGAAGAGAUCGAGCAGGUCAAAAUGAAAGGAGUUCUCCGGCGACGCAAAUGGCAAUCUGAGGAAGCUCGUUACUUUGACCCUCCUUGGUCAGAGGAAGAAUCAAGACUGUUCCAAGACUCGAUUUUUGCGCAUGGCGGUGCCGAAAUGCGGGCCAUUCAACGAGACGUGAAGACACGUAGUGUGCCUGAACUGGUGCGAUACUAUGGCAAAUGGAAAAAUGAGCAACUCAGGAUCCAGCGCAAGAAGGCAGAAAGACGAAACAACUUAGCGAGGUCGGAUUCUGCAGCCUCACAGACGCCCUCAGAGUUACCCUCCGACAGCAAUGACAAUGAUUCCAUAUACGGGUUGAACUAUCCCCUGAAUAAAUCUUGUGGGGCUUGCAAGACGAGAGUAUCGUCUCGUUGGUGGAAACCUCCACGGGCUCUCGACCUGACUUCGCCAAUGUUGUGCGACGACUGCAGCAUGUCUUGGAGAAAAUAUGCAGACCUAAAAAUUGGGAGGUCUGAGGACUCCGUUAAGACGAAAACAUCUGCAAAACGAGAAGGAUCCCCUCUGGUGCCUCCGCAGUUAAAGCGAACCAAGGCGCGUGCUACCUCGUUUCGUACGCUGCUGACUUACCUUCAAAUUCUAUUCAGGUUGUCUUGA